UCUUCAGCUUCCGUACUUUGCCCCACGGUGCGGAAGUGUUCUGACGAGCCCAGCUUGAGCUGCCGCUGUUUAGUGUUGGGCGCUGCUAGGCUAACGGGGCUUUUUCGCGUCCUUGUUUCCCCCGACGAGGCGGUGUCAGCGUUCAUCUCGACCUGCCAGAAGGCGACUAUUAUGUGAGCUCGGCGGCCAAGCGUGGGAGCACCGUGCGAACUGAGUUUUCUCGAGUCAUCUAUAUGGGCCAUAUUCUCUCGAAAAAUGGUUACCGUCUGAAGAAGAAGACACGCAAGCAGCAUCACAGGAAGAAGAAGAAGAGGAACUGCUUCCUGCAGGGGCCUUGCAUGCUGUGCUUCAUCAUCCACAGCAGCAGCGACGGCAGCGGUCUCAACGAGGACAGCGACCCUUUGGAGGCCGGCGUCAACGGCAGCGGCCGCUGUCACAACAGCGUCACCGGCAUCACCGUCCCGGGUGUCGGUGGAGUCGGAAUCAGCGCGGCGGCAGUAGCGGCCUCCAAGCUCGCAGAGCGGUACGCCACCCUAGCAUCUCCCGAGGACUGCUCCAAGUUCCUCCUCUCUCCACCAGAGUUAGCUAUUUGGGAGGGGCAAGGGAGGACCCUAUUGUCAGCUGUCCCGGCAAAACUCAUUCCACCGCCGGCUCUUUUUCGGACUGCUGGCGUUGCUGGGACUGUGCCCAUUCCUGUGCCUGUGCCUGGCUGCAGCAGUGACUACGCCGAGAUGGUGUGUAAGAGGAAGUGUUCCGAGGUCCAGAGAUGCACCCCUUGCAACAAGCAGCCACGCUGUGCCUUUUCUGACCCCGACGGUAGCUUAGAGAACGGAGGAGUGGGCGGAAGCGUGGCAGAGGCUUCUUCGAACUCCCAAACUGGCCAUUGCCACCUUCCCACCUGCCCGCUGCCCUGUUCCUCCUCCUCUUCUCCAUCAUCCUCCUCUUCCUCGACAGCGGCCGACGCCUGCUGCGGGUCGGCUCUUCAUGUCGAUCCGCCCCACAGCUCAGACUUGUCCCCUGCCAGCCUGCAGCACUACGACGACUGCCAGGCCAAAGUUUCUGACGCUGCUGACCCUUUAAGUAUCAACCACCUGCCUUCUUCCAUCCUUCUUAAGGUUCUCUCACACUUGACGGUGAAGGAACGUUGCUUGUGUGCCUCUUUAGUCUGCAAGUACUGGAGGGACCUUUGCUUAGACUUCCAGUUCUGGAAGCAAAUUGACCUCAGUGGCCUACACCAAGUAAACGAUGAUCUCCUGGCAAAAAUAGCCUCUCGGAGGCAGAAUGUGACCGAGAUAAACAUCUCUGACUGCAGGGGCGUCCAUGACCACGGCGUGUUCUCCCUGGCCUCUCAGUGUCCUGGCCUGCAGAAGUACACAGCGUACAGAUGUAAGCAGCUGGGGGACAUAUCCCUGGCUGCCUUGGCUGCACACUGUCCUCAGCUGGUGAAAGUGCAUGUGGGAAACCAGGACAGACUGACAGACAGGGCGCUCAUAAAGCUUGGAGAGUGCUGCAGCGAGCUGAAGGACAUUCACCUAGGCCAGUGCUACGGAAUCAGCGAUGAAGGCAUGGUGGCUUUGGCCAAAGGAUGCCCCAAACUGCAGAAAUUGUACUUGCAGGAGAACAAACUGGUCACCGACCAGUCGAUGCGAGCGGUUGCCGAGCAUUGCUCCGAGCUGCAGUUUGUUGGUUUCAUGGGGUGCCCCGUGACGUCCCAGGGCGUCAUCCAUCUCACUGCUCUUCGUAACCUGACCGUCCUGGACCUGCGGCACAUUUCUGAGCUGAACAAUGAGACGGUAAUGGAGGUGGUGAGGAAGUGUCGUAACCUCAGCUCCCUCAACCUCUGCCUCAACUGGAGCAUCAAUGACAGGUGCGUGGAAAUCAUCGCCAAGGAGGGGAGGAGCCUGAAGGAGUUGUAUCUGGUGUCCUGUAAAAUCACCGACCACGCUCUGAUAGCCAUAGGCCAAUAUAGCAGCACCAUAGAGACCGUGGAUGCCGGCUGGUGUAAGGACAUCACAGACCAGGGCGCCAUGCAAAUCGCAGAGAGCAGCAAGUCGCUGCGCUACCUAGGCCUCAUGAGAUGUGACAAGGUCAACGAGGAGACAGUGGAGAGGCUGGUGGUCCAGUACCCUCACAUUGUGUUCAGCACAGUGAUGCAGGACUGCAAGAGAACCCUGGAGAGAGCUUAUCAGAUGGGCUGGAGCCCCAGUGCUUCCAACACCUCCUAGCUGUAGCUGGAUGAUACACAUACACACGUAAACACACGCACACACACACACACACACAUUUAUGAACAAAAAAGACCAUUUUUAUCGCAAACAUUUACACACGUGCACCAUAUUGUCAGUUCAGUCCUAUUUGCUUUUCAUUUACUGUUCAAACAUGCAUGUGAACACACACACGCACUAUGGACUUUUCCUUGAAUCAAUUCAAGAAUUGAAUGAAAGCUUACAACGUAUCAUCAUCAAUGCAAAAAGCAAUGCCCAUUUUGUUGAGUCCAUCAAGCUCAACUAUAUUGGCUGGCUUACCGGGCUCAAACAACCCAAGAACCGAACCUUGCACGUUUAAGAUUGGGUCGAUGAACGAUAAAGAUGGCGGUCAAGAAAGGAACAAUCAUCCCGCCAAAUAUGUUAAGUCGAGUCUACCGAUGCGUUCACUUCCUCCGAGGCGACGCCCACUUCAGCGGAGGCCCGGCGGGCCGAGCAAACACGCGGCGGCAGCGAAGACGACGACCACAACAAAAACAACUUCCUCCUCAGACUCCGGGCCUCUUGAGGCUUUUUGACUAGUGCGUGAUGUUUAUCUUGACUUUUUUUUUGCUCGUGCAGUAUCGUGUGAAGGGAUUUGUGGAUUUCUGUGUGUUUAGAUCGUUGUCGAGGCUACAUAUAAAUGUUGUCCUGGUGCGGCACACGCAAGAUUGGGUUGUGUCCCAAUCCUCCUUCCCUCCCAGGCGAUUGAAUUGCAGGAAACCAAAUUGAUUAUUUCUCCAAAAGUGCAUGGUUAGAUCGAGAUUGUCAUCUGACUUAGUCUGAAAAUGAUCUCAAAUUGGACUGAUCCUCUCCGCGUGAUGUGGGAACAAAGCUUUUGUUUUAUUCACGAGUUGAACAAGAAGAAUAAAAGUAUUAUAGUAUCAUAUUUUAGGAUUACGGUGGAAUCUCUAAAUUCAAACAAUCCAUUGCAAAUCGAUCUGGAACCAAGAAACUAAUGAAACUUGACUGAAUCUGGUCCAGGGUGUGUCAGCAUCAUAACCUUUAUUAACUCUGCAGGCAGUAUUCUAAUUCUCUGUUUUUAAAAGCAGUUAACCUGUUUUAACUGUAGAAAUCAAGAAAUAAAUGCAUUGAGCAGAAUAAGUGGUAUAGAAUAACAAAUGGGUAGAUGACACCAUUGAAACAGGACUUCAGUAAAACUAAGAGGUAUCAAAAAUAGUCUUUGAAAAUAAUAAUUAAUUGAUCAUAGGGCAACACGAUGUGGUGGUGGUUAGUACAUCUGCUGCAUUGUGCUUGCAUCAUUCCAAAAACAUGCCUGUUAGGGUCAUUGAAGACUCAAAAUUGUCCAUGGCUGACAGCGAGUCCAGGGUCUACACCACCUCUUGCCAAAAUUCAGAUGGGAUAGCUCAUCUGCGUCCCUACUGAGGACAAUUGCUAUAGAAACCGAAUGGAUGGAUAAUUGUUUAUUUCCCCCAUAUAGACGUUUAAGUAAAUCUAGUCUGAUGCCAAUUCCAAGUUAUCGGUAGAAUAUAAAACAAUAAAACUUAACAUUAACUGGUGACAAAUGACAGAAGAUUACACAGAUGAGUUUCCAAAGUACACUUUAUUCUGUUGUGGUCGGCAAAUUUUACUGAACUGCCAGAAAAAACGUGUGUCCGAUUUUCAGAGAUAAUUCAAAUUUUUGGUUCUCUCCUUUAUCAUCACUAUUUCCCUUCGCAAUAAAAGCUAAAGUGAAAGCAAACUGCACUUAGGAGUGUGGAAUUCUUUAGAUGCUCACUGAGCAAAAGUCUAAACGUUGGUCUAAUUCUGAAUUGUUGGAUUUUAGAGAUUCUACUAUAUACACCAAAAGCAUCAUGAAGGAAAUGCCUUAGUAACGAAAUGCCAACCAAUGAAGUCAGUUGACCCAGAAAUGACUCAAUGACCUGACCUGAUAUAUUCAUGUACAUGGAAUUUACUUAUUAGCGUUAUAUCGAGUUUGAGCAUAUACUUAUAAGGUUAGCUAUGUAGCAAUUCAGUGAGGGAUUUCCUUUUAGCAAUCAAGGAAAUAAUUGGUAGUGGAGAGUGGAUUACUGUUCAUCAAACAAUUGCAGUGUGGAGUUGAGAGAGCAGACAAGCCGGACAUUUUUCCAUGGCGGGAACCAGCAUUGGCCUCAGUCUCCUCACAAACUCGUCAACAAUAGAUUCUUUUCUUUUUUGGAGUCUGAUAAUGUACAGUACAACGUAGUUUGAAUACAGCAACACUUUGUACAGCGUAAGAAGAUUUCACACACCUAAAAAGUUGAUUUUACCCUUGUCAGGAUUUGUAGACGUAGCAGACCCAGGGCUGCUCCCUCUGUCUGUUUUUGUUCUUUUGUAAUCCACUACCGCACUUUCUCCUUCGCUAGUUGUUGACAUACUUGAUUCUUGAUUUGUUAAGGCAAGCGUAAAUGACUGGAUUUGCAUAAAGAUGAAUAAAACACUACAACAUAAAGCCCCA